UAUCUAGAAAGAGCUACUGACUAUCUACUGGAGCUAGUUAGAGAGAUGCUGUUGGAGUGGACAGUCCCUUGGCUCUUUGUUUUCCUGUAAUGCUAAAAGCAAGGUCUCUCUGGGAGUGACCAACACAUUGUGGACUGCACCAUGGUGAGCAGAUGGGUAUGUUCAAUUUUGUUUCCUUUCCCUCCUUGGGAAUAGCAUGAAGCUGGCAUACCUUGUCCUUGGUGCCAUGACCCUCCUUCUUCUGGGUGGCUGUGACUCUGCCCUCAGCACCUCCAGUGGGAACCUGCACACUUUCGUGGGCUGUGCUGUGAGGGAGUUCACUUUCCUGGCCAAGAAGCCAGGCUGCAGAGGACUUCGGAUCACCACUGAUGCCUGCUGGGGCCGCUGCGAGACCUGGGAGAAACCCAUCCUGGAGCCCCCCUACAUCGAAGCCCACCACCGAGUCUGUACCUACAACGAGACCAAGCAGGUGACUGUCAAGCUGCCUAAUUGUGCUCCAGGAGUUGAUCCCUUCUACACCUACCCGGUGGCUGUCCGGUGUGAUUGCGGGGCAUGUUCCACGGAAACCACCGAGUGUGAGACCAUCUGAAGCCAGCAUAGUCUGCAGAACGCAGCUGGUGGCCCGAGCCUCACAGAUCCGCUUCCCCAGGAAUGUAUCUGCUCUAUCCCCUGCAGUCAAGUACGGUUGAAUUUGGGCCAGCCUGGCUCAGGCUUUCCUCUGCUCAGUUAGGCACGAGGUACAGAUGCAACACACUCGAGCUAAAAAUGUCAAACACUAUUGACCCUUCCCCAGGAUAAUGUCUCUGGUUCAUAUGUCCCUCAAUUUGAUUUUAUUUGCUUGACUCUGGGAACGUGAUUUGUAUAUUACAACCCACCCUCAGUUUUGAUUGACACUGUAGCAUUUAUUUAAAGGAAUUAGAUAUCAUUAAGCUCCAGGAAGCCUUUAAAUCCCUACAUUCUGCCAUUGAACUCCAACUGGAUUUAUGAUUAAAAGGCAAAGUAUGAUCAACACCAAUGCACUUUCUUCCUUGCUCAAAAGGAAACCCAACUUUGAGUGUUCUCCGAGAGAAUGCUCUAUUUCCCUUUCAACUGAGCAGCUACCUAGAUAAGAGACAAAGACAGUCCUGACUGCUACAAAAAAGGUGUUUAGAUGUGGGUAUUUCUCUCCCAAGCGAAAGUCCCUCCACUCCCUUAAGAUCCUUAUAGAAGUGUCCACUUGCCAAUUAAAAAAACAAACAAACAAACAAAAUAAAACUCACAAAAUGUAAUUAGAAGCUAUAGUUUAGUUUUAAAAACACCAGAGACUAAAUUCAUGGCUUGAAUGUUCUCCCACGGCCACAGGGAAGUGAUCAGUCACAAAUGUCCCUGCCUAUUUAGUAUAUUUUAAACCUAAAGGGCAAUUUCUUAGACACAGAAUCCUGAGUGUUUGUGGAGGUGAGGCUGCCAUGCUAGCUCAGAGAGAGGCUGUGGUCAUGGGCUCUUGCUUUUUCUAAAAUCUUACAGCAGCUGAUUCUGCAACCUUCUUUUUAAACUCUAAUUUUAUGCAAAUGUUUUUAGCUUUGGC